AUGAAUUCCACCGUCAAACGCAAGUUCAACGCCCUCAUCCACGGCAUCGACAACCGCCCAGCGCCACAGUACGGCAACCCCGAUCGCGACAGUCAGCAAGCAGCAAUAGAGUCUGGAAGCUCCCCCUACCGUCCGUGGACAGCCGUGACCAUGCCGACGCCCGGUGGUCGCGAUGAUGGCAGCGGCAACUCCAGCUUCGCAGCCGAUCUGCAGAAGAAACGCCGACUCGCGAACCCCACGACCACGACCCCCUCGAAAUACGCGACCGCCGCGGCGAACAACAACAACCUCCAGGGCACGCCUGACAUGCGCUCGUCCCCGGCCAGCAUCCGCAGCGUCCCGCCGAGCGGCACAAACAACACCACUACUAUCUCCAAUGUCACAAUGCGCAACUGGGGUACCCCCACGAGAAACAGCAGCCGAUACGGCACGCCCGCUCACGACAACGACAACGACAGCAACCACACCGGCCGCCCACCCCCACCCAAAUACUGUCCCAACGACCGUGAUCAACUCCUCCGCCGCCUGGCCACCUUCCAGGAACUAACCGACUGGACGCCCAAGCCGGAGCGGGUCAGCGAGGUGGAGUGGGCGAAGCGCGGGUGGGCGUGUCAGGGAAAAGAGCGCGUGCGGUGUGCGCUGUGUGGGAGGGAGCUGGUGGUGAGGGUGAACAAGAAGGAGGUGGAUGGGAAGGAGGUUGCGGUGUUGAUUGCGGGUGAGGUCGCUGAGUCGGUGGUGGAUACGUAUGUUGAGAUGAUACGGGAGGCGCAUGCUGAGGAUUGUUUAUGGCGGAAGAGGGGGUGUGAUGACUCCCUUCUACGUCUGCCGCUGCCGAAUCCGAAACUCGCGCUACAAGGCCUUCGCCAACGGUAUGACGAGCUGUGCGAGCGCGCCGCGUUUCUUCCCUACGAGUUCAACCUACGUCUUCCCCCGGGUCUUGAUCUCGAUGCUGUAAUUUCCUACCUCCCGCCCGACUUCUUGACCAACUCCCCCGCAAAUCAGCCACAACAAGAAAUCAACCGCCCCGCGUUAGCCCUCGCCCUCCUCGGCUGGCAAUCCCUCCUGCACCCACAACUCGGCCACCCCAUCCCCAACUCCGCCUCCUGCCACACCUGUCUGCGCCGCCUCGGCCUGUGGAUGUUCAAGUCCCGCGAGAUUGACCCGAACACUCGCACCGUGGUGGUCCCCGCACCCAUGGACCACCUCGAUCCGUUGAGGGAACACCGGUUUUUCUGUCCCUGGAAGAAUCCCGCUGCACAGCGGAAUCCGGGCAGCAGUAACAGUAACAGUACCAGCAACGGCUCCGGCCAGCAGCAGCAGCAGCAGGCGGCAUGGGAGGUAUUGGUGGUAGGAUUAAAGAAUGAGGCGUUUAUCCGGGGCCGUCUCAGCGGAACCGGCACUAAACGUUUCGGGCUCGGUCUCGGUCACAGCCGUAGCAAGAGCAGCAUGCCCGCGCCGAAUCUCAACAACAAGGAAACCACCGCCACAGGCGCAGCAGACACAAGCACAAACGCACCACCCAUCCCACAAACCCCCGAACGCCGGCCCAUGACCGUCGACAGCGGACAUCCACACAACAUCACCAACAGCAGCAGUAAACUCGCGGCCCUCCAAACCGGUACUCCCUUAUCCAUCCGCUCCAUCGGCGGUAGCAGUCUAUUCGGGAACCGAGAUGGCGAGCCCAAAGAGGGUGAGGAGAAUGAAGAGGAAGUGAGGGCGAAAAAGGACAGGGAUAUGAUGUCCCGGUUAAGGAGGGUUAAGAGUUUGUUUGGGGGCUCGAAGAGCGGGAGUGGGAGUGGGGGCAAGUUGAGGAAAUUGGGGAGUAGUAGUCGGCCGGGGACGGCACAUUCGGUGCGAUCUACUAGGGAAGGGCUGGGUCAGGAUAGAGGGGAGGGUGCCGGUGGAGGUGCAGGUGGAAAUGGAGGUGCAGGUGGAAAUGGAGGUGGAGGUGGUGAAGGGAUGUAG